AUUUUCCAAAUGCUAUAUUAAAUUUUAUAACUCUAUGUGGUGGUGGUUUUACAGAUGAAGAUGCAAUUACUGGAAAAACACUUGAUGAAAUGAUAUCAUUAUUUAAUAUAAAAUUAUUUAGUAGACAUGCAGCUAUCGUUGAUUUUAAAAAAUUAUCACUUUGUCAACGAGCACAUUUUAAACGUGAAUAUCAAAAAUCAAUCUAG